AUGCAAACGCCAUUAGGAUUAGUUCGCCGAAAUCGGAAGCAUCUCAGAAAGAUUAAAGGGGAAAGUUCAGAACAUCAAGUACGUGAUGAACAAUUCAUGGAUAUUGUUUCUUUACCGGAUAUUGAUAGUGACGUGACUAGUAGCAACAACAACACGGUUGAUCCUGAUGAAGAAGGGCUGGAAAUGCAGAACAGGUAUCCGGAGAAGAUCUCGUGUCAUUAAGAAGAUCUGAGAGAGUUCGCAGAUCACCAUUAAGAUAUCAGGACUAUACAGUAUAAUAAGAUCAAGGUAUCAGGACUAUACAGUAUAAUAAGAUCAAUCAUUAAAUCAUGAAAACUAUAUUGUCCUAUAUAAAUUGACUUUUGGAUUGAAGCUUUAAUUAAAUAACUGAAAAAAUAAAAAUUCUGUAUUAACUUAGUUAGAGUUAAUGAACUUUACUUGCAAGAACAAUAUGGGUUCGUAAGGAGAAAGAUGUUAAUAGUUACUUAUGUUGCAUGCUAAUUAGGUUUUAUUAUUAUAAUUAUAAGGAACAUGUUUGUGCUAUAUGCAAAUUAUCUCUAGGUAUUAUAUAUGACCUUGCUUGUAAAUAGAUUCUUUAUGUUAAUAAACUCAUACACAACUUAACAUGUUCAGCAAAUGGUUUGCUAUCAUGUUUAUGUACCAUUAUUAUUAAGACUUUCGAAUGACGUUGAGGAAAAUCCAGGUCCUAGAAAUAUUAAUGAAGUUUUUUAUUAUACCUAUACAGUUCAUGCUGAUUUCCAUCAAGGUCAUGCAUUAAUAUUUGUAGAAGUAAAUGUUUGUUUUGCAUUAUCAAAAGCUUCAGUGACAGUCAAGCCAGUCCAACGACUUCAUAAGCGAUCAUCAAAGUUUAUAAAACAACGGUAUUAAACAGUUCAUACAUUUUUCAUUUUAUGGACUUGGCUUGUAAAUUAUUAAGCAGAAGCCACAAGGACAAGGCUUCAGGGGCGUAGGAAGCAACGUGGAGUUAGGGGGGGGGACUACAUAAGAAGGGCACCUUUUUAUAAAAAAGGCAUUCUCCCAACUGUUUUAUCUUAAAAAUGGGUACUUCGAGGGUAUCUUGGGGGAGGGGGAGGCACGAACCGCAGUGCCUCCGGUUUCUACCUACGCCUGUGAAGGCUUACAACAUGUACGUGUAGGCUAAAAAUUUUUGGGGGUCCCUUUCAAAAAAAUUUUUCCGGAAAUAUUUUUUUCCCGACAACGACCUCCCCCCCCAUUCCCAGCCAGUGCAUUUCACGAUUUUAAUAAAGAGUAGAUAGGGAAAAAACAAACUUUCGCAAAAUAAAAUGUUAUGUUAACACUUUUAAUAAAAAGAAAUCAACAAAAGUGAUCGCUUACCGUUAUUCUACAAUAAUUUAUUGAACAAAAUUUCCAUGGGUAUCUCAUUUUUAAAAAAAAGCGAUUUUCACCUUACAAACGGCGUUUCCCUAUCUUUUGCUAUGAAAUUUCGACGACGGCACUGGCUGGGAAAUUUUGUGACAGAAAAAUUGAGGUUAUAUACAUGGAGUGUCAGUUCCUCUCUGUAUAUCUCUCCUCUGUGGUACAACCAUGGAUAAUAAAAUAAAUAGAUAGGAUACUGGCUGACGUGACCUAAUGUUUUCAAUGGGCUGAUGGCAUGGUUGGUUGUUGAAACCUAGUUGCAAACUUAUAAAUUACCUAAAUUAGUGAGAUUUAUAAUUGUAUAUAUACGUAUAUAAUUUUAAUAAAGUUUCCAUUAUUAUUAUUAUUAUUAUUAUUAUUAUUAUUAUUCAUUAUUAUUAUUAUUCAUUAUUAUUAUUAUUAUUAUUAUUAUUAUUAUUAUUAUUAUUAUUAUUAUUAACGAGUUUUUUCAGUCACAAUUCAACGAGUUUUUUCAGUCACAAUUCAGUGUUAGACCAGAGCUGGGAGACUUGGAUUCGGAAAUUGUAUUCAUGAAUAACGUUAUCUGGUCUUACUUUAAAGAUUCAUGUGGUUUGGUAAAGUCGGCUAAUAAAUUUGAACACUAUAGAAGUAUGUCAAAAUCAAAGUUAAAAAAAUGCUUAAAAGAUUUAAAAUCGAACGGAGGCAGCUUGGAGGAAAUAAAAUUUGUCAGUAAGUUAUUGCGAAAAAGAAUGCAGUCAAGCGUUAAUGACCAGCGGGAUUAUGAAAAUUAAUUAAAUGAGAACUUUUGGAAGUUUUGUAAAAAUGAAUUUGAAAAUACUGAAGAGCUUGAACCAAACUUGAGCGAACAGUCGUGUUUCGAUUAUUUUAAGAACUUAUUUAAGGAGAAAAGUAAAAGUCGUUUGUUUAAUUGGCCGUCCUGGUUGAGUUCAUUUCCAUCCGCAAGUAAAGAUUUCGACUUAGAAUGUCCUACGUAUCGUGAGAUCUCCAAAAUAAUCAGAAAAAUUAAAAGUCGUGGCUCUGCAUGUACUUUCGACCAAAUAAGCAUUAUUUCGUUUCAACGUUGUCCAAUUUUAAGAAUGCAUUUAUGGAAAAUUAUCUGUAAAUGCUGGAACGAAAAAAAUAUUCCAUCUGUCUGGAAGCACGCGGCGGCGAUAUUGAUCCAUAAAAAAGAUUCAACUGAGGAUCCUGCUAAUUUCCGUCCUAUCUGUCUAGAGCCUGCUUUGCUAAAAGUUAUAACAUCAUUGCUAAGGAAUAGAAUCUUUAAGUUUGUUUGCGAAAACGAAUUUAUUGAGUCGGGAAUCCAGAAAGGUUUUUGGCCUGGAAUUUCGGGGACUAUUGAACAUACGGAGUUAUUAUCACAUAUUAUUAACCAUGCCAGAAAUAAGCAAAGAUCUCUUGUAGUUACUUUAAUUGAUCAGAAAAAUGCGUUUGGUGAGGUACAUCAUAAACUUAUACGAACUAUCUUGACAGCUCAUCACAUUCCUGAAGAAAUUAUAUGCUUUGUUGAGAAUCUCUACUCUGAUUUCAGUAUCUCAAUUAUUACGAAAGGGUUCAUUACGAAACCAAUUCCAGUGCAACGAGGCGUGUUACAAGGUGAUUGUUUAUCACCCUUGUUAUUUAAUCUUUGUGUAAAUUCUUUGAUUCACACAACAAACGACGCGAAAUUAAAAUGUCUCGGCUAUGUAAAUAACGCAACGAUGUACCCUAGGCACUGGUUCCAAUUUGCGGAUGACACAGCAAUAUUAAGUGCACAUGAAGAGGACAAUCAAUUGCUUUGUAAUGUAUUUAAUAAAUGGUCAACGUGGGCGGAUUUGAUAUUCGUAUUGAGAAAUGUCAUACUUUUGGAAUCAAGAAGCAAUCCUCAAAAGCAAUUCAAUACCAACCAGUUAUUAUUAUCUCGGGCAAGCGUGUACCGCCGAUUGAAUGCGAACAGGGGUUUAACUAUCUCGGAAAACAAUUUAACUUUAAUAUGGAAUGCGACCAGAUCAAAAUAG